AUGGGCGACACUAUCUAUCUCAUUACUGGCGCUAGCCGCGGAAUUGGUCGUGGUAUAGUCGAGAAACUCCUCGCUCGCCCCAACACCACCGUCAUCGCAGCCGUCCGGGACCCCGCCGGUGCUUCAUCCCAGUCCCUGGAAUCUCUCUCCAAGGAUGACUCUUCGCGUCUGAUAAUAGUGAAAAUCGACUCCAAGUCUUCCACCGACCCAGCUGCUGCCGUCGAGACCCUCCAGAGAGAGCACGGCCUUGACCACAUCGACGUGGUGAUUGCCAACGCCGGCAUUUCCGACGACUUUUCUCCUAUCCACGAGGUAUCCAUCCCCGUGAUGCGCGAGCACGUCGAGGUCAACGCCUACGGGCCCAUCUACCUCUUCCAGGCGGUCUACCCGCUGCUCAAGAAGAGCGUGAAGCCUACAUUUGUAGGAGUCGGCAGUCCUCUAGGCAGCAUCACUGGCAUGGAGCAGCGCCCGUACGCAUGCGCCGCGUACGGCUCUAGCAAGGCUAUACUGCAUUGGAUUGUGCGCAAGAUUCACUUUGAGAAUGAGGACUUUGUGAGCUUCGUUGCUGAUCCUGGAUUCGUCCAGACUGACAUGGGAAAUACCGGUGCCCAGUUCUUCGGUCUCGAGAAGGCAUUCCAGACGAUUGAAGAGAGCGUCGACGGGAUAGUGAAGACCAUUGAAGAGGGGACGAGGGAGUCAGUUGGUGCGCAGCUGCGUGUGUGGGAUGGAAGCCAGUUCCCCUGGUGA